AUGGGUGGUCGAGCCUUCCCUGACCUUUGUGUCCCUCGUAUGAAUCACCAGAUCUACGAUCAGGUCAAACAAGCUGCACUGAAGACCUUAUCGAAACGCUUUGCCAGCGUGACCGCCAUUCCCGAGGCGCCUGGAAAACUGGAUUAUGGCGAUGUCGACGUCGUCAUCGAGUUGUCACCGUCUAUGCCGUUACCGUCUCAGCAAGUAGCUCUCGAUCUCGGAGCAAAGCACGUCAAAAACAACCACCCCGUAUAUUCCUUCGCUGUCCCUCUCGAGAACACCAAAGACACAGUCCAGGCUUUUGCUCAAGUCGACGUCCAAGUCUGNCCCCCUGGCGACCUCGUAUGGACGACAUUCGUGAAUGGCUACGGCGAUCUUGGCUCUAUACUCGCCACCUUCAAUCAUGGUUAUGGCUUUACAUCUAAGAAUGACGGCUUCUUUGUCCGCAUCGAAGAACAAGAGGUGCAAAACUGGUGCGCAAGCCAGGUCUUCUUGAGUAAGGAUCCAGAUUUGGUCAUGGAUUUCCUGGGUCUUAACAAGCACAGAUUCCAUCAAGGAUUCGAAUCCGAACGCCAACUUUUCGACUGGGCCGUGAACUCUAGGCUCUUCAAUCGCAAGCUAGUCAAGAACAGAAGGGACAACUCUGACAUGCGAAGUCGAAUGGAAAAACGUCCCAUGUUCCGCAACUUCGUGUCUCAAUAUCUGCCUUCUCUUUCAGAUGUUGGUGCUGUCUCUACUGAGACCCGAGCUGCUCAUACCAAUGCCGCUCUGGUGUUCUUCAACAAACAAGAUGAAUUCAACACUCGUCGUCUCAAGGUAAUCAACGAGAACAAAGAGGACCACGCAUGGGACAUAAUCAAAACCACAGUCCUCAUACCACUCGCUAAGCUCAAAUCGACAAGACUGAAUGAGGUCGUCAGAGCUCUGAAAAGGUUCGUUGCCUUCAAGGGUGGCAAGCCGUACAUCUGCAACGAACCAGAGAUGGAUGCUGAAGACCAAGCUCGGUUCGCGCGCUACAUCACUGCGGCAGACGAGGUAGCACCCAAUCUGCGCGAAUGGAUUCUCAACAAUCGGGAGGAGGUCAGAUCGCGGGAAAGACAGAGGGCUAAAGGUAACAGAAGAUUGGCAGGCCAGACAGGGUGA